AUGGGUGUCCAGACGUCUCCGCCUAACAGCAGUUUGCAGAGAUACUCAGACCGAAUGUCUCAAUUGUUUUCAUCGGGUUCACCUGAGCCGAGCAAUGUUCACGACCCGUCUAGAUCAGUUGCUGGCUCCAUUGGCGAGGAUUGCCAUUACCAGCAGACCGACGUUCAAUCCGAUGACGAAGGCAUGGGAACUUCAAUGGAUGAAUGCAGUGAUGAAGAAAUUACUCAUCGGGCGAUAAAACAUGAAAGUGCGGCCGAGCAUGGACACAGAUAUGUAAAGCCUCCGAACCCUGGGCACUCCAGAGGCUCGAAAUCGACAAUCAUCGAUUGUAUGGCAGAAUCUAUUGAAGACUCACUCAAGAGCCAGGACCUGUGGAACAAAGCAAUGCAGCAAAAAGUGGGUCACAUGAUGGAUAGUAUUGACUCGGCGAGGAAAGAAGUGGCUGCCUUGAAAGAAAAGAAGGACAAUGGCAAGAACAGUGCAGUUGAGGAUCGAAAGGACGUGAGACGGGCCCUGUCGUCGUUCAGCAACCAUGUAGAACGCAAAUCGAAGCCUUUGGAAAUUACUAUAAUGGAGAAAAUCACUCAAUAA